AUGCAAGAUGAACGGGAACAAUGGAGAACUAUCUGCAAGACGCGGUGCGAUAAGCGCAUAACUCCGUUACCUGCUUCGCUAUCUGCAAAUCUGCUCGAUCCCUUCCAAAGCCUUGCAGUGGACUCCAAACGACUCCAUAUCUUACUCAACGAUUUUAAUGCACGCCAAGCUCCGGAGCCUGUCUUCAGUGUUGAGGAUGACUUUCAGAAUUUCCAAUCAGUAUUCCGAUCUGGGCUUGUUGAUCCGGCUCUGUUAAAUGCUGUGAUGCUGUCGUUGGCUUUUACGGCAAAUGGCGGAGUCAUUAAUAAGGAAUGCCUGGUAUACCGAGGUCAAGCGAUGCAGCAUAUCCGUGAAAGAAUAAGUAUGCCUGACAAAGCCGUUUCGGAGUCAACUAUUGGUGCCAUACUGUUACUAGUCGGUGUUGAGGCACGGCUUGGUACCACUUCGCAGGUUCAACUUCACAUGGGUGCAAUACAGUACCUUCUUAAUGCAUGUCAACCAGUCGUAGUGAAUCUCACACAAGGCAUCAAGCGCGCCAUAUUCUGGUACGACCUGAACUCGUCAAUCAUGGUGGGAUCAAAACGCAUAGUCGACCAUACGACUUUCACCGAACUUCAAUGGCAACGAGACUCAAUAGCUCCAGACUUCUUUGAGCUACCGCCGGGCUUCCAAGUACGCUCUCACCUAUUCAGCCCAGAGUUCCUGGAUAUAGUCAGAGAUAUCCAUGCUCUUCAAUGCAUUAGAAACAUUUAUCAACGUACCGGACGUCCAGUCUCAACGGUAAGCAUAAAUAGUCACACGGCAUCCAUACAAUCUCGUCUUCAGGCCCUCCCAAACGCUUGUCCGAUAUCCAAGGCUUGUCAUCUUGCAGCAUACAUGUGCUCAGUAAUGCUGUGCUGCAAAGUUUGGUGCGCUUUAGUAAUUCCCUCCAAUAUUACUGCGCAGCUUCUCAGAGAGGUUGAAAUGGUUCAUGAUGAGCCCGUAUGGAACGAGCAUGCAGACUUGUUGCUUUGGCUGAUAUGCAUUGGUGGAGUAUUUGCUCCAGACGGGCCUGUACGCUCAGGUUACACCGCACUUUUGCGUUCGACGGGUUUCGAAAGACCCAGCCUUCACUGCUCGUGGUCUGAUACAAGCGAGAUAUUGAACCAAUUCAUCUGGUCGGACUUGGCCUUUGAAUCUGCUGUUAGGAAAUUUCUAGAAGAGAGCUCAAUGCGAUUUUGACCUCGAG